UAAUUUUGCAAUUCAUAAUUUCUCUUCCUCAAUAAAAUCUUUAAUUGGAUUGGAUACGUAUUGGAUAUUUAAAACAAGAUUAAAUUAUAAGAAGCUUAAUCUCGUCAAAUCCAAAUAAUCCAAUCCCCCGUCGUCCGUCGUGGUCGUACGUAACUAAUUAACACCUUAUCAAUCAUGGCCACCAUGAUCGCCUGCAUAUUUGCGCCUCGUCUCUACCGCAUGUAUUUACGAUCAAGUCUUGACGGCAGUAGUCAAAUCUACUCGACGAAUUUGGCUGAACAGUGUGGCGACUUUGCGAUCAGCUAUCUAUUUCCAGCAGGCAUGGUUUAUUCCGUGUGGCACCGCAAACUUCAGUACAUCCUCUACUUAUCACUCUUUCUCGCGUCGUCAUACGCCAUCCGGGCUACGGGACGAUACUUCAACCCGACGUUCUUAACGUUUCUUCAGGUAUUUCGGAGAGCAAGGACAGAGCCAAACACAGAGAACAUGGAAGCCCUGCGACGAUACGAUUUCGAGUUCAAGGGCUGGCCUGUUGGUUUCACCUCCACAAAAUUAUCCCGACUCGCCCGACAAGACUUGGUCGCCUCAGAACGUGGAAAUGCCGUCAAGAAGUACACACCUUGCUGGUUGCUCGGUUGGGUGGUGGCGCACACGUUUGGAAUCCGACUCAUCUAUCCGGGACUGUUGGUGGGGCCGAUGCUACGCACUUAUCUUGAGGACGCCCGGGGAAAACUCGUCCUCUUGCAGAAAGGUGUGCGCACCAAAAUCGUGUCCUCUGACGGCUAUUAUCUGGACGCAAUGUUUUUUGACAGGCGAAGGAUUCCGGCGGAAAGAACGAAUUUUGUCUCGAUCAUGAAGGAGGCAAACACGACGAUUGGAAAGACGUUAGUCAUCUGCUGUGAAGGAAACGCCGGCUUCUACGAGAUUGGAAUGGCAGGGACCCCAAUUGCCGAAGGGUAUUCUGUUUUAGGGUGGAAUCACCCUGGAUUUGGGGGGUCAUCGGGAACCCCUUACCCACUCUACGAACUAAACGCUGCUGAAGCAGUGUUCGAGUAUGCCACCAAAGAAUUGGGGUUCAGGGAAGAGGACAUUGUACUCUACGGCUGGAGCAUCGGCGGCUUUCCGGCCACCUAUCUUGCCGCCCAACAUCCCAAUGUGAAGGGCCUGGUGCUCGAUGCCACUUUUGACGAUCUCCUGCCCCUCGCACUUCCUCGAAUGCCUGCAUUUCUCUCAACUGUGGUUCGUGCCACGAUCCGGUACCAUGUCGAUCUCCGGGUCAGCAAGGAGAUGAGAUCGUACGCCGGUCCGGUCCGGCUUAUACGACGAACGGAGGACGAGAUCAUUGCCGAUCCCCCCUCAUCCCUCCCCGCCAACCGGGGGAAUUAUCUCCUGAUGGACAUCCUCCGCCAGAGGUACCCCUUCCUCCUGGACAAUGAAGAGUCAGAGCGAGCCCUUCGCGGGUGGUUGAACCAGCCACAUGUCAAGGACGUCUCCACCCGUGCGGCUCUGGAACGUAGCGAAGUUUCCAUUCCAGAAAAGACAGAGAAUUUGAGUAGUCUAGAGAAAGCCACGCUAAUUUUGCAAAUUGCCGAGAAGAUCUUGACCGAUUUCAAAUCUACCCACUGCACUCCUCUUCCGGGAGACCUUUUCAUCCUCCCGUGGUCCGGAGAGUCCCGCCCGAGAGGCUCGUCGUCGUCGACUAAAUAGAAUUAAUUGCGUACAAUUAGCGAAUUUUUGCCCAGCCCAACCAAUUAUUGAUAUUUUUACUACUAAAUCCUAUCUGUGAAAACUCUUCGUAAGUUUAUUCGCAGUGCGAAAAUUAUAGAAUUAAUUAGGAAAUUGAUCGAGAAAAUGUUUAAUCUUAAUCCAUGUACUGUUUAAAGGACAUUUUCGUGUAGGUACUCUUUCGAUGAGCCAAAUGUGCACAUAUGUAUGAGAAGUAAGUUUAUUUAAUUUAUAUGUGUUCCUAAUCCAUGCAAAAUCCAAAGUCAGUCACAAACUUGAAAAAAGUUAUGAUAAACUAAUUUACUGAGCCGUUUAAUUAAGUCAUAGUUAAUUUGUGUAUUUGUGAGUCGUGAUUAAUUCCUACAUAAUUAUAAUUAUUACCAAUUAUUGAUUACACUAAUUAAUCGACCCCAUAAUUUUAACGAGUAUAACAAAAAGUAGGGAAUAAGUACGUAAUUAAUUUCAUGUAAAAAAAAGUGCACCGUUUUGUCUCUCGAAGAAUUAAACAAUUUUAACUUUAGGAAUAAUAAAUUCUAUCUUUAUUGCG